AGAGGCCGGAAGGUUGCAGUGUUACUCUCGCCAGACAUGGUGAAUGCCAUAACACGCCUAAUAGAAAAAAGAAAAGACUGUGGUGUUCUGGCAGAAAACCUGUUCCUGUUUGCCAGACCUCAUUGUCUGACUCCCUACAGAGGACAGGACUGUUUGAGGUUUUAUGCCAGUGAAUGUGGGGCUGAAAACCCUGAGCUCCUCAGGUCAACGCAAUUACGCAAACAUGUUGCAACUUUGUCUCAGAUCUUGAACCUCAAGAAUCACGAGUUGGACCAAGUUGCUAACUUCCUUGGCCACGAUAUUCGCGUUCAUCGUGAAUAUUACAGACUUCCUGAGGCUACUACCCAGCUGGCCAAGAUAUCCAAACUGCUGCUUGCCAUGGAGAAAGGAUCUCUCAGAAGCCUUCAAGGCAAAACACUUGACGAGAAUGAAAUCGAAGACAACCUACAGUUGACCGAUUCAGAUGCUGAGAGUGAGGUCGAUGCUGAGAGUGAGGUAGAUGAAGCAAAUCUCACACAUCCACAGACCGGUUCUGCAGGACCAUUGAUGGCUAGGCAACCUGUCGAGGAACCUCCAGGCAUGUCUGCGCCAUUAUCACAAGCACAAAGUAAACACACAGAUGCUAAGGAGAAAGAACCCAACACAAAACUAAAGAAGGACAAAGAGCCCAGCAGAAAAAAGAACACAAAUAAACAUUCUGUAUCUCUGGAAAGUGCUAGAAGAGCAAAAAAGAAUCCAUGGUCUCCCAUGGAGGUUGUCGCAGUCAUAUUGUUUUAAUGUUUGUCAAUGUGUUGUCUUUUACUACUAUUGUAUAUUCAUGACGUUUUCUGUUGUUUGUCCUUCUGCCUAGGGACUACAGAUGCAAAUUAGCAAAUAUGCUAU